AUGAGUUUCCGUGGCGGACGUGGUGGAGGCGGCGGUGGUGGAUUCCGAGGUGGCCGUGGAGGCGGCGGCGGCGGUGGAUUCCGCGGAGGACGUGGUGGUGAUCGUGGCGGCGGCGGCUUCCGUGGUGGACGUGGAGGCGGUGGACGAGGAGGAUUCGGCGGUGGAGGCCGUGGAGGCUAUGAUCAAGGACCACCAGAGGAAGUUGUGCUCGUCGGAGUCUUCUCCCAUAAAUGCCAAGACGACAUUGUCUGCAACAAUACCAGCGGAAAAAUUCCAUAUUUCAACGCACCAAUCUACUUCGAAAAUAAGGAACAAGUAGGAAAGAUCGAUGAAAUUUUCGGAUCUCCAGGAGAGAACGGAUUCUCAGUCACACUGUCCCAAGGUGUCAAAGCCUCCUCGUUCAAAUCAGGAUCAGAAUUGUAUAUUGACCCAGGAAAGCUUCUACCUGUCGAACGAUUCCUUCCACAAGUUGGAGGUGGCCGAGGCAGAGGAGGCCGUGGUCGCGGUGGAGAUAGAGGACGCGGCGGAGACCGUGGUCGAGGAGGAUUCGGUGGCCGUGGAGGUGGUGGCGGCGGAUUCAGAGGAGGAAGCCGUGGAGGAUUUGGCGGCGGAGAUCGAGGAGGUUUCCGUGGUGGACGCGGUGGAGAUUUCGGAGGACGUGGCCGAGGAGGAGAUUUCAAGCGAUCAUACGACGGUGGUGGUUAUGGAGGAAAUAGUAAUAAGCGAACCAAGUUCGAUUAG